AUGACCAUGGCGGAAUACUUUGAGGAAAAAACCGACUCAAACCUCACGAUUACUCCGUCACUUCAGACCUGUCCGCUAUGUAGUAUCAAAAGAAAGAGUUUUACUUGUUAUUCGUGCGUUCUAAGUGGAGACUUUCUUCAUUCUAAUGAAAGAUGCCCCGAAAGGUAAUCGUCGUUUAAUUAUUUCAUAACUGAACCGGAAUUUACGCAUUUUCAGACAAUCUGGUGUGAAAUUUCAAAACAAAUCAAGGAGGAGAACUUCCUUGUUACCAGUUAUUUCCACGAAUCAAUAUUUCAAUUUUUUACACCCACAGAUAUGCAGAGAAAUUUAGGAAAUUCGAGAUUUUAAAGAGGCUGAAAAGUGAAUACGAGAAACGGUAGGGUAAAUUCGUUUCUUGUAAAAACUAAAAGAAAUAUAUUAUGAUUUCACGAAAGCUUUUAAAUUUGCCGUUGCGUCAGGGUCACGUUAUGAUUUCACUGUUCUUUCAGAGCGUUAGAUGUAAUUAGAAAACAAGAAAAGUCGGACAAAUUGGUACGUAAUUAUACUGUGUGUAUCUAUUAAAUUAAUCCGCACCAGAGCACAAAUAUACUUGUAGUAGUUCAAACUGAGUUUCAAACUUUCUUGAUUCAUUUUCCUUCUUUGCUUUUGUCUGUAGUCCAUAAGCAAAAGAAAAUUUGAAUCAAUCUAGUUUAAAUAAUUUUAACCUGAAAAUGUAAUUAACCCUUUAAACCCUGAGAGUGACUACAGUGUAGCAUCAAAUUUCCACCUGCAGUAUCACCCCUGAAUCACAUGUUAAGGUCAUGAGAAUAAAGGAAAUGAUCACUGAUAAAAGAAGCUUUUGAUUGGUAAGCAAAUUUUCCUUGUCAGCACCUUGGGAAAUGUAUAAAGAACAGUAUGGAGAAUGAUUUUAAGAUGUAAAGGGUUUUAAAGGAGUUAUUAAGGUAUUUGAACAUUAGAUUACACUGAAAAAUUUUACUUUGGUGGAGAGAAGGUUGCUGAGGUGUGGGACAGGGCAAGGGCAAAAAAUGUGGAAAAGCUUAGACCCUUUAACUCCCAAGAUCUCAUUAAUAUUCUCCUUAAUAUCUGCCAUAUAGUUCUUCUGAUGUUAGUUUGGAGAAUUUGGUAUUGGAUCAACUUAUAAUCCCCUAAUUAAGAUUUUUCUCUAUUCUCAUCACUUGUCUGCUUGGUCUUGUAUUGAUAUUGUAAGGAGAAAUUCUAUCUUGGUCACUCAUGUGAGUUAAAGGGUUAAGCCAGUUGGAGGGGAACUGUUGAUGGGACAGUAAAAGAGAACUUCCAGGCAUUCCAAAAGUAUUAGGGGCUGAAUGAUUCUCUGGCUAUUAUGCAAAAUUCUCACAACUCUUGGCCUCAGAGCCAUUUUAUGCCUCAUGGUGUGAUUUCAGUCAUACUAUGAGGUUUUGGAAAGGAAGGAAAAUUCACUCAAUCACUGACUCAAUUUUGAUUAUUCAGAUGUGGUGAACUUUCUCUUGUUAAUUCACACUGUUCUUUUACUUCUGUACUUUUUAUAAAGAACCUUUAAAACUCUCUCUCAUUGGUAAGUUUCUGUUUCAGCAAUAAAGUUUGAAGGGCUGAAAUAAAAUAAUUUGUCAGUUUUACUGUAAUUACUAAAUGAAUGUGAUCCCAUUGAUACUGUAUGAGUUUAUGAUGUUCCAAAGGAAAAAGGAGGUCAAUAAUCUGAAAAAAAUAAACUGGCUCCAAUCAGUAAUCAUCUAGUAAAUGUUAAUGUAGUCAUAGAAUGUUUCAAGUAAUUUAUCUGACAUGUACUCGCUGUAAAUGUUUACUGUUCUGGACAAAUCAAACUGUACCUUGGUAUUUGAUAUAAAGAGUCAAAUGAUUAUAAUUGCAGAAUUGUGAACUUAUCAGCUGCAGACAGAGAGUUCUACUUUUAAAGUUGGUGAUCAAGGAAGCAACUCUUGAUAUAGAGUCAGGUGAGUCAGUUUUCUAAUGUAAUAUGUAUCAGUAAUACCUUUUAAUCCUUUAAUUCCCACAAAUUAUUAACAUGUAACUUCUCCUUCUGAUAUCUAUAAAUUAUCUAGCAACCAGGUAAUGAGAAUACUCAGACUUAUCAUGUAGAAGUUGUUAUCUUGAUAUAUCUCCAAAUUCUUCUUACUAUUUUACUUGGAAAUUUGAAGCAGCUAGAGGGGAGAAUUAAAAAUUAAGGAUUUUCAGGGUUGACAUUUUUUUAUUCAAGAAUGUGGGAUUUUAUCCUAAGUGCUAUAAUUUUUUUAAGAGUAUUUGAUCAUAUCUGGGGACAUUCAAGACUUUAAGGAAAAAGGAGGAAAAAAAAAAAGGAAAGGUUCUAGAUAGAUUGAAGAAGUUUAAACCACAGUAAUCCGCUUAUUUUUUCCAUUUAUCAUCCCAAUUUUCAAUGUUUUCAUUCAACUUAAUUAUAAUUAAGUUGAUUGAAUUACUGAACAGAUGUAACCACUGAAAAGGGUUUGUUAUGCUAAAUAUGAUAUUUUAGCAUUGAAAUUUCCCUUUUUCUGAGACCACAAUAGCAAAACACCUUUUCCUACAGUGUGGUUUCAAUAAUGUUCUCAGUUGCAAUUUAUCUAUUUCAAAGAAAAUUGCAUAAGUUAACACAUUUUUGGCUUCUCAUCCACAGCAAGCCAAACUCUUAGGGUGCUCAAAGAGUCUAAUAACAAAACACAAUUGAGGCAAACAGAACACUCAGAACAGCUACAAACCAAGGCAAAGCAAUUACUACAGUUUCAGGUGAUUUUUGGAAUGUGUUUGUGGAACAUGGUUUUGCAACUUUGUCCUGGUGGCAAAUAGUAGGGAAUUUUUGCUUUAGAGAAGGUAUAUUUUCCAUUUUAACAUUUGGAAGAAAACCUGCAUUUUUAAGAGGGAGGGUUGUAUAAUUUGGCCAAACAAAAUGAUCAAAAUCCCUGAAGAGGCUUUUAACUCAGCUUCUAGCAAGAAACCUUUGGCAUGCCAUCUUCAUAUUUUAAUGACUUCAGAGAGAGAAAUCAUGCUCUUUCAUCCUUGGUUUUAGCUGAUACCCAAACAUACUUUUCAAGUUACUAGGAUCAGAUAUGCCCCACAAGAUUAAUCGUUCUUGAUGUUUGAACUCCUAAUAGACUGGUCUAGGAAAAAGGAAACAAGAACUGGAGUGUACCACAGAGAAGUUAUGUGAAGCCCGCAGAGUCAGUUUAUCACAAAUACAAAAAUACUUGUUUGCCAUACAGGUUAAUCCUGUUUUGCAAGUAGUGGAUGUGCCUUCCCCCAGAGAUACUGCAGAAGGUAUAUGACUGUAAUCAGAUAAAAAAUAUUUGUUUAUGAUGUGGUGAUUUGCAAUGUAUCCUAUAUGUGGGUAUUAUAUUAUAGGCUGAAUUUCUGAUGUAUUUUGAUAAGCUCCUUACUAAUGAUAUAUUGGAGGAUAGACACAUAGAUGAUGUGGCACCAUUAACAACAUUUUGCUUUUUGUCAUAAAAGACAAAUAGAUUUAAUUUUGGCAUGCAUUUGUUCAGUAGCAGAUUUCAAAAGGUGUGAAAAUGUGAUAAGGACAUCAUUGACGCAUGUGGCUUCACUUUGGGAGCCUUAUUUUUUCGUUCUAAUGCCACAUUUUGACAUUAUCUAUGAUCUAUUACUGAACAGAUGCAUGCAAUAUGGAAUCUAUCAGUUGAAAUCCUUUUUUAAAUUGUAAGACUUUAAGUCAUGUUUUAGAUUAGCAGCUUAAAGUGACUUGCAUCUAGUUUCUCCCUGCAUCAGAAUAAUGGAAGUGAUCAUCAAAUACAGAAGUACAUGACUCUAUAACAGAUUCUCCUCGUCAAUUUGCCAUAGGAAAUGUGAAAAAGAUUGUAUGGAGACUAUGCAUAGUAACGUUAGCAUGUACUAAGGAUUGCCUCUAGUCUGUCUAGUAGAUUUUAUUAUAUUAAACUAGAUUACCACUUAUCAUUUAAUAACACCAUUUGUUGCUAUGAGUAAGUAAGUUCUGGAUCUUUGGUUAUUUACUGGAAAUCUUCAGUGGUGGUGGUUUCCUGAGAGGUUCCUAAAAAUUUUGACAUUAUUGUAGACCAAAGCCUGUCAUGUUUCACAUCUAUUUUCAAAACCUGUCUUCUCAUAGUUAUACGUAGCUAAUUUUGCUUUUACAAGGAAUGAAAUGAGCCUUGCAAAUUUAUAGCGACAAGGAAAGAAAUUGCGCUUUGACUGGAUUCGAACCCGGAGCUCGUAGCUAUUAAUUGACUUCGAUAGGAUUUAAACCCAUGUCUCCCAACCGUCGAAGCUUGAAUUUUUCAGGCUUAUUUUCUGUAACGUCUCUUAUUAUGUCUCACCUAUUUCAUUUACCUAUGAUCUUUGCAAAGCCAUCUGUGAAAGAUGGAUCUACAGUGCAGCAAAUUAACAAAUCUUUCUCCUUCAGAUAUCCAUUGUGACAUCGAGAGUGAAAAUAAUGACGGGAACCGCGAGUCGGAGCUGGCCGAGGCCACCCGUACAUCGUAUAUUGCAGGACGUUGGGUGUCCGAAGAGGAAGAUGUGCGGAUGGUGUACUCAAUAAAUGGUGCAUAUUUACCAGGGAACGGAGACUACUCAUCGUAUCACGAAUGGGGUAUGUGCGAUACAGCGGUCAAAUGUCGAGUAUGCGCGAGGGGGUCGGUUGUGGUCGCCCUUGCGCCAAUUUCCCGCGCAAGAUUUCAAAGGAAAACCUAACAAAAAAACGCUGUUCCGCAAAAUAAGCGAAAGAAAAUUAAAACUUUCAUACAAAUCUGUAAAAGGAAAGAAAAUGGAAAAAGGAACACUAAAGACUCAUCGAACACAAAGGUUAUUCAAGUAUGGCUUUUCCGUUGAUUUCCUAUUCUGUUUUGAGCUUAACCAAAAUAGUUGUACGCUUUUAAAACACCGUGACUUACUGGCUUGUGUGGUUGCAUAUAACUCAUGAGAUACAACUCGGUUCUGAAAACCUGCAAUCACGCCACCUAGUCAUUACAACGUUCGCACAUGCGCAACUGUUUGACCUUGUUAAUCAUGGCCAAUGUGUCUCUGGAAAUAUUGCCUGAAUUUCCCGAGGAUCGCAAAUUACAAUCCUUAUUUAUCAUACUCAUCCCUAACCACCCUCGUUUCUUUCUGUUUUAAUCUUCCCUCUGGGUGGUCUGGCUAGCGUAUCCAAUCUUUUUUUUUCGGAUUUCACCAUAUUUUCUGCUAGUUUUUUCGUUGGAAAAACAUGGCCGAGAAUAAUACGACAUGGGUCUUAUUACUGCACCAAAUAUUUCAAAGAGAACAAACUAGUAUCCAUCUGAAUAAUACCUUGCGUCUUCUUUGAUAGCAGCAAACGGCGAAUUAGGCGAACGCACGCAGAAAACUAAGAGCGCGGAGCGCACAGAUCAGAGUAAAAUAGCUUUGUUAUCCUAUUACUUCUCCCUCCUUGCUAUCCAUCAGCCCGGUUGGAAGCAAUUUUAAUUUUUUUCUGUCUUAUUCUAGUCAAGGCACACAGGAGUGGAUCCAGAGAACUCGGUAAGUCCUUUGUCAAUUAUGCUUGUUUGUUUAAAUCCAGUCCGGCGCAAAAAAGAUAACCUACUUCAGUUAAUAAGGACCUUAAGGAAACCAGGCGACGAAAAGCUAAAGCACAAGAUACGCUGCACUGAAUUAGCUCUCGUUACUAUCAUCUAUUCAACAAGAAUUGUUCUCUGAAUGGAUGGAUAAUCGGGCUAUAAAGAAAAUAGACGUAAUUUUGAAGCAGAACAUGUGGAAUGUGCUUGUUUGUCCGUCUAAGUAGAGUUAUAUUCGAUUUUGUAAACGAAAUAUAACUUUGGGUUUUGCGACUAAACGUUUCGGUUUAGAUUAAGUUCGAUUAAGAAAGAAAAAGGUACGAGUGUGCCUCGUUCGAUUAUAUCCUUGCUCAGUGCAGUACACAUAAUACUCACCUCACAAUUCCUCUCUGCCCUCGUUAUUAGCCCUGUGCGGAGUCUGGCCCUACAUGUACUAGACCCUUGACAGAACCCUCCCCUGCUUAGGGCAUCAAAUUUUCCUGCUACGUAACUUUACUUUUGCGGCAGCGCUUAUAAAGAGGGUUUGCUCGCAAGCUUAAUGGUACAACUAACUUGUAGUGUGGUGCUCGGGAUCGGAAGGGGUCCCUGGAUAUACAUCGUAUAUGUGGGUAACCUGUUAUGUGCCUGUUCCUCGUACUCUCUGAUUGACAGUACUCCCAUUUGCUGCUUGACAAAGAAACGGAAUUUAGGAGCAGGCCAUUGGAUUGGAGAAGAACCUCACCGUCGUUGAUUUUUAUUUCAGCAUCCGAUGAAGAAAUCUCUGUAAAAACACCAGCUUUUAAGAUGACCGCCGCGCUUACACAUGCUUGUCAAAUGCUGGAGCUCAUGGCGUUCUAUUUGGACGUGAAUCUACCAAAAAGAAUAAGCUACAGGUAUUGCGAACACAUUCUCUGUACCUCAAAAAUCCUUUAUUCAAUUUUUAUGAAACAACAUUGAACAAUUUAUAAAUUCAUUUGUUGGUUUAUCUUGUAGUGAAUUUUGUCAUCGUGAAUUAAGUAAAAAGGACUUUAAAAGCGCCGUAGAUCGAUUGAACGCAAACGUGCUUCACUUGUGUUUCACGCAGGUAAGUGCAUAGCCAAACGUUAGUUCAGUGAACAGAACUAUUCAGAAGAAUUAAUGAUUUUUCCCGAACAAAAAAUGAUUGGGUGAAAGUCACCAUUGGAUGUGGCUUACACGAAUUGCAUUUCCCAUUUUUAAACGCUGAUGCGAUUUUUACAGAGUCACAGUUGUAUUUUUUAUCAGUUAUUAAAAGUUAAAAAACUUUUGUCGUUUUAUCUGAGUAGGAAGCAUUUUUUUUACUCGUUUUUCUUUUCUUUUUUUUUAUUUUUUUGAAAUAAUAUUAUCUUUUUGUGAUUAGAAUCAUGGAUAUGCAUCAACAUUUAAAUGUCGCUGAGAUUAUGGCGGACGAAUAUAAAAAUGUCAGUUUGUAACUCGCACAUGUCAAAUGUAUGGAGUGCUUAUUUUCUUUUUUCACUUUUGUUUUGCUUUUUAUUUUAGCACGUGGAACCUUCCCUUCUUCAUCCGAGGAGAACUUUACACAAUCUGUAUACUUGCUUGAACUCGCUCCACCUUGGACGGUAAGUUUCUAUUAUCUUCAAAAACUGUUCGCAAGCUGAGAGCAGGACAGCUAAUCUAAGACAGUGUUGACAGCCGAAGUUGAUUGCAAAAAGUUGAAAGGACUGAGUGCAAAAUUAUGGGUUUCAAAGUAAAUCUUGUGAUUUCUCCAGCUCAUUUAUUACAAAUUGAAAUUAAAACCAUUUGGUUAUCUAUACAGUUUGAAGUUUCAAAAUUAUGUUACUUACCGAGAGAUGAAACUCUAACUCCCCUCUAACCCCACCCCCCACCCCCCAACAAAAGAAAAAAGGGAAACUGCGGAAACAGACCAAGACAUAAGCCGAGAAAUUUGCUCCGGUUGGGUUUUAGUCAAAAUAUUAAUGACAGGGGUGCCAUUCAUGUCAUAGGGGAGGCCCAUUUGAGUGUCAUCCCGAGUUGAUAACGAUUAGCAGCGAAAACGACGACGCUGAUUCCAGUGAUCAAAACGAUUCGGCAUCGGAAGACGCGAACAGUGAAUCGGAUACCGAGUGGGAAAACCUGCCCUCCAACUUGGUUGACACGACAGACUCAUCCACUCACCAAGGGGCUUUGUUGCAGUCCAAGUCAUCGGAAGAUAACCAGAGGACGGACGAGCCCGCGACAGCCGCAAGCCUGGUCAGUUCAGCGGCCGCGUCUGUGGCUGCUCUUUGGCCGUGGAAAAAAUAGCAUUGGUUUUAUGUUGUGUGUUAAUUUCCUGUGUCUUUCAAAAGAUUUGACUCAGGUUUCUAAAUAAUUGUAAAGGAAAAAAAAACUGAUUUAUUGGGGCUUUACUAUCUGGAAAUUUAGUGGACUUCGUUUUGAGAAUUGUUUACUGCUGCACUUCCAACAAAGUUGGUGUAAUAAAUAUCAUUUGUUUCUCGAAGCCACAGAUGUUUACUGUUAGACUGUAACUACUUAAUUUUAUUUUUUCCGCACGCCAAUUUUUGAAGGAUGAUAAAUGCAAUUGUCUCCAUUUGGUUCGACAAUAUGCAUUUUAUUUUCCUCCAAGCGGCUCUAAGUUUUCCCCAUGCUUCGUUCAUGGAAAACUGUGUACCUGUUAUGUAAUACAUAAUGUCUCUGUAAAAAAUAUUGUAGCAUAAAUUUAGCCCAAGUAGAGACUAUUGAACAUAUACGGGAAUGAUGUCUACCUUUAAGUAUGUGCAAUUUUCAAUUUAACAGUGGAUUCCUGUUGCCGUGAGUCUGCAAUAGAUGACAAAUGUAGCUGAUGUUUUAACCAAAUUUUGACGUCUUCUGUGAACCUCUUUUACUGUACAGAAAAAUGGAAACCUAGAAUCUAUUUGUUUUAUAUUAG